AUGCCUCUUGGCCGCGUCGUCUCACCGAGCUCCCGGUUCGUUUGCCGCGGAUGCUCUCGCCGCCUGACGCCCGCCUCGCGCCGCGCCUACUCGGCCGCUGUCGCUACUGCUGCUGCACCCGCCCAUGACAUUUACGAUGUCGUCUGCGUCGGCGGCGGUCCCGCGGGCCUGAGUCUUCUCACAGCUCUACGCGCCAACCCCGUCACCGCAAACCUCCGCGUCGCCCUCGUCGAGGCCCAGGACCUGUCCAAGGUCGCAUCCUUUUCGCUGCCGCCGACGCAGUACUCGAAUCGCUGCAGCUCGCUCACCCCGUCGUCCGCACACUUUCUCAACGAGAUUGGCGCCUGGAAGCACAUGCAGCGCGACCGCAUCCAGGCCUUCCAGGAGAUGCAGGUCUGGGACGGCGUCACGGGCGCCCGCAUUGAAUUCGACUGGCAGCACCGCGGCGGCGGCGAGGGCAGCACACUGGCGUACAUGACGGAGAACCUCAACACCACAUCCGGUCUCAUGAAGCGGCUCAAUGAGCUCGGCGGCGUCACCAUGCUGGACAAGUCGCGCGUGGAGAGCAUCACGCUGGGCGAGGAGACCGAGGACCUCGACCUCAGCGGCUGGCCCGUCGUGCACCUCUCGGGCGGGCAGUCGCUCGCUGCGCGGCUGCUCGUCGGCGCCGACGGCGCCAACAGCCCCGUGCGGUCCUUUGCGGGCAUCGAGUCGCGCGGCUGGGACUACGGCCGCCACGGCGUCGUCGCCACGCUCGAGCUCGAGGGCGAGGGCUGGGGCGGCGCGCACACCAAGACGGCCUACCAGCGCUUCCUCCCCACGGGGCCCGUCGCCAUGCUGCCGAUGCCGGGCCGCUACGCCACGCUCGUCUGGUCGACGACGCCCGAGAACGCCGCCGUCCUCAAGGCGCUGCCCGGGCAGGACCUCGUCGCCCUCGUCAACGCCGCGUUCCGCCUACCGCCCGUCGACAUUGCCUACAUGCACACGCAGACCGCCGGCGGGCAGCAGGCGGAGCUCGCGUGGCGCACGCAGCACACGGAGUUUGACGCGCGCGCCACGCCGCAGGCCGCCGUCGCCGUGCAGGACGGCAGCGUCGCCUCGUUCCCGCUCAAGCUGCGCCACGCCGACACCUACGUCGGCGAGCGCGUCGCGCUCGUCGGCGACGCCGCGCACACCAUCCACCCGCUCGCGGGCCAGGGGCUGAACCAGGGCCAGGGCGACAUCCAGAGCCUCGCGCGCGCGAUCCGGUACGCCGUCGAGCACGGCCAGGACCUCGGCACGCAGAUGGCCCUCGAGCCGUACAACGGCGAGCGCUACGCCGCCAACCACGUCGUCCUCGGCGUCUGCGACAAGCUGCACAAGCUCUACUCGGUCGAGAGCGGCCCGCUCGUGCCGCUGCGGUCGCUGGGCCUGCGGGCCGUCAACGGCCUCUCGUCGCUCAAGGGCUUCCUCAUGGACCAGGCUUCGGGGACGGGUGCCAAGGUGUUUUGA